AGUACAGCCUUGGCAAGUCUGGGAAUUGAAUUCACAGCCAUGUGGAAAAAAGUGAUAGGAUUUGGCUUUUUGGGGCUUCUGGUCUUUGCUGUGGGAAUCCUUCUCGGUCAUUUUGCAAUUACGAAGAACUCCUCACCAGAAUGGGUUGUUGAUGUCACCCAAGACAUUGAUGAAUCUUUAAUUAAAGAAUUUAUCAAAGAAGUGGAUAACAAAAGAAUUGAAGAUAACCUAAGAGAGCUGACCAAAAUUCCUCACAUGGCCACCAGUGCUGGUGAUAAACAAUUGGUGAAACUUAUGCUUGACCGAUGGGGAGAUCACAAGACCGGACUUGAUGGUGCUUGGACGGAUACUUAUAAGGUUUUCCUCUCUUUUCCUAACAAAACCAAACCAAACAGUGCCAUAGUAGUUUCUGAAAAUAAUAAAAUCCUUCACACUACACAACUCAAAGAGAAGGCUUAUAGAAAGGAACAGAAUGAUACUGAUGUAGUGCAGCCAUAUGCAGCAUUUGCACCACCUGGGAAUCCCAAGGGAAAACUGGUCUAUGCAAACCAGGGUAAGAUAAGCGACUAUGAGUUCCUCAAUAAGACAAUUAACUUAAUUGGGACCAUCGCCAUCACCCGUUAUGGGGGAGCAGGGAGAGCAGACAAGGCUAUAAAUGGCGCCAUGUUUGGAGUGAUUGGAGUUCUUGUGUACACUGACCCUAAAGACAUUAAUGAUGGGAAGAUGUCGGACAUUAAUGAGACCUACCCCCAUUCAUGGUACUUGCCCCCCUCCGGAGUGGAACGUGGCUCCUUUAAGAGCUCUUUUGGAGACCUCCUGACGCCUUAUUAUCCUGCUAAAGAGCACACAUACAGAAGACCUGAAAGUGAGAUAGUAGGGAUGGCUCCAAUUUCCACUCAACCAAUUGGAUUUGAAGAUGCCUAUGCUUUAAUCUGUAAGUUAGAUGGAACUGAGACUCCAGCAGACUGGCGGGGAAGUUUUAAUUGCUCAUACAAAACUGGACCUGGAUUCUCCUCCGAUAGUACAUUUAACAACAGUGAUGUUCAAGUCAAUGUUUAUAAUUCAUAUGGAAUCCAUGACUCUGACAACGUGAUGGGAAUAAUUCGGGGAUCAGUGGAACCAGAUCGCUAUGUCAUUUAUGGCAAUCACCGAGACAGUUGGGUUCAUGGAGCAAUUGACCCCAGCAGUGGGACUGCUGUCAUGCUGGAGAUCACACGCAUCCUGGGAAAAAUGGUGAAAGAAGGUAAAUGGAGGCCACGGAGAUCCAUUAUCUUUGGCAGUUGGGGUGCAGAAGAAUUUGGUCUUAUUGGAUCUACAGAAUACACAGAGGAAUACUAUAGCAAGCUCAGAGAAAGGACCACAGCUUAUAUAAAUGUGGAUAUAAGUGUGUUUGCAAAUGAUACAUUUAGAGCAACUGGCUCUCCGGCUUUGCAGAGUGUCAUUUUCACUGCAGCCAAACAGGUGGAGAACCCUGGAUCCCAGACAAUGUCUGUUUAUGACAACUGGAUGAAACACGCCAACCGGUCGAGCAAAUUACAUGGAGUCAUUCCCAACAUGGCCAGUUUUUCAGGAGCCGGCAGUGACUAUGCUUCCUUUGUGCACUACCUGGGCAUCUCUUCAAUGGAUCUUGCUUUUACAUAUGAUAGGACGAAGACUAAAGCCCGGAUAUAUCCUGCCUACCACACUGCCUAUGACACUUUUGAUUAUGCAUCUAAAUACAUCGAUCCAGGUUUUACAAGUCACCAGGCAGUGGCUCGGACAGCAGGAAAUAUUCUUCUUCGACUAGCAGACAGUUUAAUUUUGCCCUUCAAGGCCAGUGAUUAUACCGAGUCCUUGGAGAAGUACUUCUCAACGGCGUUGGAGGUGUUUGGAAACAAACUUGUUGCUAAUGGCAUUACGUUGGAUUCAAUAAAGGAAGCAGUUGAACAGUUCAAAACAGCUUCUUCUAAACUGGAACAGGAAAUCCAAAAUGUUGAAAAAAAUAUAGAAAAAAUUACUCCCCUGAAGAUUCGCAUGAUCAAUGACCAGUUGAUGCUUUUAGAGCGAGCCUUUCUGGACCCAGUAGCUUUUCCAGACAAGACCUACUACAGACAUGUAAUCUGGGCCCCUAAAACCUCUUCGGUGUCCACAUUCCCAGGACUGGCAGAUGCUUUUGCCAAAGCUGACAGAAGUAACUUAAAGAGUGACUGGGAGCAGGUCAAGAAGCAUAUCACCAUCGUCACACAGGCCAUAGAACAGGCGGCAUCCAUACUAGAGGCAGUCAUAUAAUGUUGGAUUUUCAAGUGUUCCUACUUCUACAAUUUUUGUUAAUCUCCUAAAGUGAAAACAAUAACUUAAAUGUGUCAGAUGCAAGAUUCUUGUGUUAUUUAAUGAAGACAGUGUAGUGUACCGGGUGAACUGCCACUUCUGACUCUCUAGGCCUCAUAGCCUGCCUGGGCUCUAACAAAAUAAAUAAUCUUUGAUUACUAAA